CUCAAUUCUCUCUCUCUCUCUCUCUCUCUCUCUAUUCAUGCAGCAUCGAUCAGGUCUCUCUCUCGAGAAUUUGUAAAUCAGUUAGAGGAAUGCGUCAUGCUGAAUAGGGAUUUGCAGGUGCAGCUUACUGAGAUAGAUGUAUUCUGAUCACAGAUAUUUGUAACCACUGGAGUUAGUGUUCUUCUGAUGUAUCCAACACGAUCGAGACAAGGGAAUGACCCGAACAAGCGAUAGGAUCAAGUCAAGGACUAAACUUUGUGUACGACCAAGAUUGGAUUGCAGCUCAAAUCUUAUGGGCAACAAGAAAAGCAAGAACAGGAGAAGGACGACAGCUUUGCGAAUUACCAAAAUCUUGUGUCCUGGGAAUCGGCACCUGCAAGAUUUAGAUUCUAACGUAUGUAUCCGCAAUCUAAAUAGGGUCGAGAAUCAUCGAUGUUAUUGGGAAGGCUUUACUGUCGUAUAAGUUUCAAGGUUCUGUAUCAUAAUCAUUCUGAUGAAAAGUGGGUGCCACAUGAAAUUUUUAUUCUGUGUCAAUUCUUGAAUUAUGUAAAUUAUAUCAUUGCAAUGACUCAUGGAAAUCAUUAUUUGUUAAAACUUGGUUCUUGACUCCAAGUGAAGUUAUGAAGUAAAAGAUACCUGGCAGGUUAAGCCAUUUAUGAUUAGAGUAUAAAUUAAGGUGUAUUUAUUGCUGAUCUUUUCCUGUUUCUUUACUGUCUUUUUGUUUUGCAGUGACAUUCAAAAUCUGAUUGUUAUAUUUUGUUAGGUCUGUGUAUUGCUUACUACAUUAGCUCUUUGGAACCCUAAUGAUAGAACUGCUGAAAUCGCUUUAUUAUUUUGGACUGUUGGACUGAAAAUUAUUCUUCUUUUCCUGACACUGUAUUUGAUCCUUAUGUCCAUUUGGUUCUGAUGUACAUAUAUUUGUGAAUCCUUCACCCAGGACCCAGCUCAACAUUUGCAGCCCUCCGGUUGAACAAAUUUUCUCUAUCCUCUUGUUUUGGGAAUUUGAAAGCUUCCCCACAACUCUAUUGAGGGGUCUUUUGUUUGGAAUGUGGUACUUAAUAGAAUUAACCAAAAUAGUCUGCUAGAUUUGUCAACUCACAAGUUUCUUAUGAUGUUUUGAUACAAAUAACAUAUUUUCUUUCAUUUGUGAGUUGUGGCAUUGCUAGGAAAUGCUGCGCCGAAAUAGUAUCCUUCUUUAUACCUCUUUCCUUUCUUGUACUUUUUUUAAUAGGUCAAAUUACAUCUAAAGAGAAAUAUCUUUCCUUUUUAGGCUUCAUUGUUUAAUUUUACUCUUUUUAAAGGAAACCAUGGCAUUGAAUAAUAUUAUUUAGUUGUUGUAUAGUAUUGUUGUGUUAGGGUGAGUAUCGGCGCAAUCAUAAAUAUUCUACAUCGACUUGGAGACUCUUGGUUUAAAAUUCUGGAAACGACCUCUCCGCGUGCAAGAGUAAGGCUGCGUAUAUCUGCUCUUUCCGAACACCAACACAUGAAGCCAUUGAUUCUUGUGUAUAAGAAGGCCUAAGUAGUCUGCUUGAAAGUAUGGUUUGUAUAUAAUAGUUAUUUGUGUAUAUUGCACCUACUUUUAUUGCUUUAGCUGUGAAUGUUGUUUGAUAUAUGCAGGACAAUCAUCAACAUCUGAUUCAGUGGAUGUGCUUUUAUGAAAACUUUUGUGUUCCCCUUUUGAUUGAAUCUUUGUCCUUGAUUGACGUUUUCGCUGGAAGCAACUGAUUGUCUUUGAUGAAUUGAUGUAAUAAUUGAAAGGCAGCAGAGACCUAAAUUAAUAUGUGCUUACACUGGAAAGAAGAUAUUAUUUUGUAAUCUUGUAUACUUAUUUCAUUUAAUCAUUUAUUAUAACCUGCCAUUUAAUGUUGGUCGAAUAAUUGUAUUCAUUCCUCGAUUAUGAAACGAGAUGUUUUAAAUUCCGGCACUGUGCCAUCUUUUCUUUAUUCACAGUCUGGCUUUGCCAGUCUUCGAUGUUCAACAAGGGAGAGAAGGACUGUGAAUUGUGUAGAUUACACUGAUAGACUGAUAGUUCUGAGGCCAAGGUCAAAGACAAUAAGACAUAGUGGUGAGGUUUUGUACUCUAUCUAGUGUAAAAUUCUGGGUGCUAAGCUGUGGUUCAAUGUUAUUGGAGCUGAAGAUUUGUGGUUUUGUUUCAGAGACCUGCAUAUAAAUCAUAGAGAAACCAGAUGAACAAUAGUUUCGAUCAGCACAAGAUGAUGUGUUAUAAGCGCAAAAGAGCUCUGAAGACUACAUCGACCCCUGGACGUGAAGGUCUAAGACCUAGCCAUUUGACAAGGGCUACUGUAGGGCAACAAUUGAUUUCGGAAUCAGAUGAUAAACAGGAACUUGCAGAAGAGAAGAAGGUUGGGAAAGAUGAAACAGAAUAUGGAAAUGUUGAUGGUGAGAAUGAGAUUGAUGAAGAUGUUGAGGAUGUAGGAAAUGAAGAUGGUGAUGAUGAAGGUGGCAAAGAAGAGCAGGUUGGGAGAAGACGUUACGAUCUUCGGAAUCGUCCAGAUGUCCGCAGGUCCUCCAUGGCAGAAUGUAAGAUCCAACCGAGAUCUCCACAAAGAGUGCUACAUCAAGGCAUGGGCACUAAGGUUAAAAAGGGUGUAAAGAAGGGUGGAUCACGAGUGCAGAAGCGUUGUUGGUUAAGGCCUGCAUAUUCUGAUGAUUCCCGUAUUGUGGAUGAGCUGAACCAAUAUCCUGCUAUUCCAUGGGGUCAUGAGGACAGCAGACCUUGCCAACCAUGGCUUUUUGGAGGAUUAGACAUGCAUGGGAUAACAACUUGGGGAUUAAAUGUUGCUGCCUCAGGUUGGGUUCAUGAAGGAGAUGCUUUUUCCACCUCGGUAACUGGGGUUCAAACUGCUGGACCAAGCUCUAAGGGUGGGGCAGAUAUCCAACCUUUGCAGGUCGUCGAUAGUGCCAGUUUUGAUGAUAUAGGGGGGCUCUCUGAGUACAUUGAUGCUUUGAAGGAAAUGAUUUUCUUUCCCUUGUUGUAUCCCGAAUUCUUUGCAAGUUAUCAUAUCACACCACCUAGGGGGGUGUUGUUAUGUGGCCCCCCUGGCACAGGCAAAACUUUGAUUGCAAGAGCUCUGGCUUGUGCUGCUUCAAAAGCUGGCCAGAAGGUCAGCUUUUACAUGCGCAAAGGAGCAGAUGUGCUAAGCAAAUGGGUUGGUGAGGCUGAAAGACAACUGAAACUACUUUUUGAAGAAGCUCAAAAGAACCAACCUUCUAUCAUAUUCUUUGAUGAAAUAGAUGGACUUGCACCUGUGAGGUCUAGCAAGCAAGAGCAGAUUCAUAAUUCCAUUGUUUCCACCUUGCUAGCUUUGAUGGACGGUCUUGAUUCUCGUGGACAAGUUGUUCUGAUUGGAGCCACCAACAGGAUUGAUGCCGUUGAUGGAGCCUUGCGGCGCCCUGGUAGAUUUGAUCGGGAAUUUAAGUUUCCAUUGCCUGGUUGUAAGGCACGUUCUGAAAUAUUAGACAUCCACACACGCAAGUGGAAACAUGCUCCUUCAGAUGAACUGAGAAUGGAACUUGCAUCUAGUUGUGUAGGAUAUUGUGGUGCCGACCUAAAGACCCUCUGUACUGAAGCUGCUAUUUGGGCAUUUCGUGAAAAAUAUCCACAAGUCUAUACUAGUGAUGACCAAUUUCUCAUAGAUGUUGAUUCAGUCAAGGUUGAAAAGUAUCACUUUACUGAAGCUAUGUCAACAAUUACUCCUGCUGCUCAUAGGGGUGCAAUUGUGCACUCUAGGCCAUUGUCUCUAGUUGUUCGACCAUGUCUUCGCAGGCAUCUAGAGGCAGCCAUGGGUAUUGUAUCUGAUAUUUUCCUUCCAGUUUCAGUUGCAUCAGAAUUUAUUAAACAAUCAACGCAUUCCUUUGGGCGCACAAUUCCACUUGUGUAUCGACCUAGACUUCUACUUUGUGGAAGUGAAGGUACUGGGCUGGAUCAUCUUGGGCCUGCAGUUUUACAUGAACUGGAAAAGUUUCCUGUUUUUUCAUUAGGUAUUUCAGUUCUUGUAUCAGAUUCAAGUGCAAUAACACCAGAGGAGGCAUUGAUUCAUAUAUUUAAUGAAGCUAGACGAACAAUACCGUCAAUUCUCUAUUUACCACAGUUUGAUGUGUGGUGGGAAACUGCACAUGAACAGCUCCGGGCUGUUCUCCGAACCUUACUAGAAGAAUUGCCAUCUGACUUGCCUAUAUUACUGUUUGGAACAUCAUCAGUCCAGCUUGCUGAAGUUAAAGAAGUGCCUAUUUCAGUUUUCCCUCAUGAUUCAGUUUAUCAAGUGAACAUACCAUCAGCCGAAGAUAGGAUGCUGUUUUUUAAUGAUUUAGUGGAAGCUGUUUUGUCGGUCUUUUCUGGGAUAAUGAACAAGAAACCCCUGGACACAGGAUGCUUUUCUGAACUUCCCAAGGCACCUAAACUAGCAAGUGGUCCAAAGGCAUCCGAACUUAAAGCAAAGGUGGAAGCUGAGCAACAUGCACUCCGCAGAUUGCGAAUGUGCCUUAGAGAUGUUUGUAACAAGAUAUUAUAUGACAAGCGAUAUAAUCUCUUCCAUUAUCCAGUCUCAGACGAAGAUGCUCCUAACUAUCACUCAAUUAUCCAGAACCCGAUGGACAUGGUAACCAUGUUACAGCGUGUUGAUAAUGGCUGGUAUAUUACACGUUCUGCAUUCCUGCAGGACAUCGAUCUUAUUGUUUCCAAUGCAAAGGUUUACAAUGGAGAGGAUUACAACGGUGCUCGGAUUGUGAGUAGAGCUUGUCAGCUCCGUGAUGUGGUGCAUGGGAUGAUCUCACAGAUGGAUCCAGCAUUAGUUGCAUACUGUGACAAGAUUGCUGCCCAAGGUGGCCCGGUUCAUUUGUCUAAUGAAUUAAGGGGGUCUACAUUCCCUGCUACUCCCGUUGUACAACUGGGAACUGCCACUAGAUUGAGUGCUCGACUUCGUAAUGUCGAACCAGAGGUUAGUGUGGAUCACAGCUAUGAAGCAUUGAAGCACACUAAGAAGAGUUCUGAUGUUGCACGUGGAGCAAAAGAUAAGUCAGGACAAGAGCCUUUACCAUCCAAGAGUCAAACCCAAUCAACUGAUGGGAAUUUGCAUGGAACGGGUACAGAUGAAAGUGUUCAUGGUAGCAGUCUUGAAGACGCCACGAUAUCAGAUACUGAACUUUCAACAAGAUUGCAGUCUAUUAAGCAGCUUUUUGUUGAGCGCAGCGACGGUUACAGCAUUCCACAGCUCGAAAAGCUCUACUCAAGAAUCAUGAAGAGGGUUUCCCAAACCAAACUUGAUUGUAAGACCUCAGCUUUGAGUUUUUUAUUAAACUUUGUUGAGGAUGAUGCAAAUUUUUAAAUUACUGUGAAGAAGGGAAAGGUUCUAAGUUGAAGGUCGUAAUACACAAAUCAAACUAAAUAGAUUUAUUUACAGGCAUUCUUUUCCUCAAAUCCAGAGUAGCAUAGCUAUAGGAAACCACAAGAUGUAGCUAUAGGAUGCUAGGAUUAAAUGUCUAUGGUAAUUACAUGCCAAACUCUGCUGGCAUGGAUAAAUUUUACAAGUUGGCAUUUUUUAAGAUAUUUUUGUUGUUUAGAUAUUGAAAUUGAUGUUUAGAUAUUUUUUGUUGAAAAGUA